UUCGCGAUGGCGAGAUUCGCGGUCCUUCUCGGCGUCGCCGCGGCGGCCCAGCCGCGGGAGUGGUCCGUCAUCCUCGACGCGCCGAGCCGCUGGGCCAAGCCGCUGUCGCAGGCUUCCGUGUCGCGCGAGCUCGAACCAGUCUUCGUGACGGAGCGGCCCUGGCGCCUGCGGCUGCGCGUCCGGGACCUCGUCGAGCGCUACCGCGGCCGCGGCGCGGCGGAGAUCCUCGAGCGGUCCGGCGUGACGCGCCUCGUCGUCAUCGCCGCGGGCCUCGGCGACGACGUCGCCACGGCGCUCUGGAAGACCGCGCGCGCGGCGGACGCCUUCGGCAGGGCGGUCGUCGACCCGCGGACGACGCUCGUCAUCGCGUCGCCGGACCGCGAGGCGGGCGCCCUGAGCGCGGCCUUCGGCGGCUUCGCGCGCGCGCUCGCCGACGCGUCGGCGCGGCCCACGGUCGUCGUCGAGCCGCCGGCGGCGGCGCCGGCCGGCGCCGCGGCGCUCGCGGUGAUCGACGCGCGGCCCGCGGCGUCGCCGCCGCCGUCGCCGGCCCUGCUCCUCGCCGCCAACGGCGCCGUCGUCGCCGUGCUCCUGCUCCUCAACUACGCGCUCGCGCGCGCCAAGGCGUCGCGCAAGGAGGCGCGGCGCCUCGCGGCGGAUCUCGCGGAGGCCAAGGCGCGCGCGGCCGCCGCGGAGAAGAAGGUCAACGACUACCCGACGGCCCGGCCGAUCAACCCGGCCGUCCUCGAGCGCAAGCGGCGCUCCGACGGCGUGAUCACCGUCUCCAUCUCCGCGGACGAGGCCGCGGACUCGGGCGACGAGAGCGCGAGCGACUUCGCGGACGACACGGACGACGACGCCGACCCGGGCGAGGCCGCGGCGCGGGCCUUCCGCGCGGCGCGCGCCGCGAGCCGCGCCGCGGGCUUCGACGACUCCGGCACGGACGACGACUGCCGGACAACAAACAUGGGCCGGGCCUGGGCAGCCCUGCUCCUGCUCCUGCCGGUGACGCGCUGCGCGGACUUCUCGGACACGCACCUCUACGUGACGCCGUCGAACACGCAGGAGGCCGUGGAGAUCCAGCUCGACUUCCGCAUCACGCGGCGCCUCAACGGCAGCGACGUCGUCUACGUGCAGCUGCCCAAGUUCACCAUCGGCGGCGGCGGCAAGACGCCGGGCGAGAACGUGCCCCGCGGCGAGCUCAUCCUGUCGCCGUCGGUCUACUUCGAGGGCCAGUGGGACGAGGGCGCCUUCGACUCGACGGCCGACCCGUUCCGGAACACGACGCUGUCGCUCUACGUGCGCGAGGAGGUGCGCAUCCCGCCGAACACGGUCGUCAACCUGCGCCUCUACAAGUCGAACGACAUCCGCGUCUACUGCGGCUUCGACGACGUCGAGGACACGGACGACGACGAGUUCUUCAUCUGGACGAACUCGUCGGCGUCGAAGGACGGCCGCUUCUCCAUCGAGAAGAGCGACCGCGUGGGCAACGGCUGCAGCGCCAUGUCGGACUGCGCGGGCAAGGGGUCCUGCGACUUCUGCAAGGAGCGCUGCAUGUGCUACACGGGCCACGGGUCCGGCGACAGCUACCGGCAGGUGAGCUCGAUCGACUGCAGCCUGCUCGAGUGCCCCGUGGGCCCCGCGUGGGGCGCGAUCCCGAAGAGCGCCAUCGACGGCGGCCACGACGAGUUGGUCAUGUGCUCCAACGCCGGCGAGUGCCUCAUGGAGCAGGGCGAGUGCGAGUGCUUCGACGGCUUCACGGGCGAGGCGUGCCAGCGCCGCGUCUGCGCGAACUUCGGCGCCGAGUGCGGCGACCACGGCCAGUGCCUGACCAUGCACCAGCUCGCCAUGCGCGACGACGCCUUCCCGCUCACGGGCAACGCGAGCGCGACCUACGGGGCCGGCGUGUCGGGCGCGAACAAGACGUGGGACUUCGAGACGAUGCAGGGCUGCCUCUGCGACAGCGACUGGGCCGUCGGCCUCGGCGACGGCGAGACGCAGGUCGCCGAGUACUUCGGCGCCGACUGCUCGCGGCGCCGCUGCCCCAGCGGCCGGGACCCGUCGUCCAAGGCCGACGGGACGGACUGCUCGAACGUGACGACGCCCGAGGGCUACGGCGUCGGCUCGAAGCACAACAAGUGCCACUACGAGUGCAGCGGCCGGGGCAACUGCGACUACGGCCGGGGCACCUGCUCCUGCUUCGCCGGCUACGCCGGCGCGGCCUGCGACCGCCUCAUCGGCAACGCGGCCGUCGUCGGCUAG